AUGGACGUGAAUGAGAAAGGGGCUUGGACGCCGCCGGCCGACGAGACGCCGGCGUGGGAUCAGGAGCGGGGACCGUACCGUCGUGGACCUCGUCGUGGUGUGUCAUGGCGCACAUGCGUCGUGGGCCUGUUUGUCGCUGGCAUGCUACUUUGGCAAUGUAUGCCAACGAUGAUGCCACGUCGAACUCGGCCUUGUCACGCAAAGAAUGUCGACAAGGCUGCGGCGGAUCGCCUGUAUUAUGCUCUGCGUGGCCCUCUCGCCAAGGCCGAGGCGUUGUGCCAGAUUCGCGGGGGUGACACAUCCUCGUCGAAAUGCUACCCCUCGCUCGAUGAACGCAAUGCAGCGCUGGAAACGGCCUUCCUAGCCGUGCCUCAGGCCGAGAGCAUUCGGGAUGCCUUGCAGCGCUACACAUCGCACGUGCACCGCGCCGGGGACGAAGGCGACCAAGCGUCUGUGGUGCAGCUCCUGAACGAGUGGUCCGAACUGCUAGGGGCUCCCGCGGUGGACGAUGCCAGUACCUUGAUCUACGAGGCUGGCAGUGCGGAGAGCCGCGCAGCGAUGGAACGUCGUGACGAUCUGUGGCGUGACGAUGCCACGGUGACGCCCCGUGUCUGGGCAGAUACCUACUCGGUUCUCCUGGACGAGCCAGGGGAGGCGCGCCUCUCCGUCACAGAGGCGGAGCGUCCUACCGCCUUGUGGAAUGCGACGUUGACCGAAGAUGUCUUGUCGGACGACCCCACCAGUGCGCACGGCCUCCCGCCGUUCCAUGGCUACUCCGCGCCGGGCUCUGCGAGUGCGCCGCUGGUGUAUGCAGGCACAGGCUCGCACGAAGACUUUGCGCGGCUUCUGGAGCUGGGCAUUCCGGUGGAAGGCCGCAUUGUGCUUGUGCGCUACGGCGGUGCAUUCCGUGGCCUGAAAGUUCGUGCCGCGCAGGAGUACGGCGCUGUGGGUGUGCUUAUCUAUUCGGACCCAGCGGAAGAUGGCGAGGUGACAGCUGCCAAGGGCUACGAGGCGUACCCACACGGCCCGGCCCGGCAGCCCAGCAGUAUCCAGCGCGGCAGUGUGCAGGCGCUGUCGUUCUACCCUGGCGAUCCCACGACGCCUGGCACGCCGUCGUACCGAAAUGCCACGCGCCUCCCUCGUGAAAAGGCCGACAACCUGCCACGCAUUCCCUCGCUGCCGCUUUCGUAUGCCAAUGCACAAAAACUCCUGGCGUACCUGCGGGGCCAUGGCCAUCGUGCGAGCGACGUGCGUGACCACUUUGCUGGGGCGUUGCCCGAUACCGAGUACUGGACCGGCCCCAGCGAGGUCGUUGUCCACAUGACGAACGACAUUCAUCCACGUCAGAAGGACAUUUGGAACGUGUACGCUGUGAUCCCCGGCUACCUGGACGACCAGCGAGUGAUGCUCGGCAAUCACCGCGACGCAUGGGUGUUUGGCGCCGGCGAUCCCUCGUCCGGCACGGCCGUCUUCCAUGACGUCCUGAAGGGGCUGGGCGAGCUGUACAAGUCAGGCUGGCGCCCAAUGCGUACACUCAUGUUCGCGUCGUGGGAUGCCGAAGAGUACGGCCUGGUCGGCUCGACGGAGUUUGGUGAAGACUUUAGCUCGUUUGUGCAGGCGAACGUGGCCAUGUACCACAAUCUCGACAUGGCCGUGUCAGGCACACGGCUGCAGGCGAGUGCGUCGCCAUCGCUCGCUGCGCUCUUACGCCGUGUAGUCAAGGCUACGCCGAGACACACGAAUCACACACUCGAGCUCUCGCAUGUGGGCUCCCUGGGCUCCGGGAGCGACUACACAGUGUUCCUGCAGCACCUCGGCGUCCCCUCGACGGACCUCAGCUUCAAACGUGGACCACGUGAUCCCGUGUACCAUUACCAUUCCAACUACGACUCGUUUGCAUGGAUGGAUCAGUAUGGCGAUCCUGGAUUCACGUACCAUGUCACGAUGGCCCAGGCAUUUGGCUUGCUGGCGCUGCGCAGUGUGGAUGCACCGUUCCUCCCGAUCGAGGCGAUGGACUAUGCCAAGGCCCUGCAUACCUACCAUGCCGACGCCCUCCAGGCGGCGACAUCCAGCGGCGUCGAUGUGCCCAAAGCCGCAUUUCAGGCCCUGCAUCGCGCUGUCAACGAUGUCCACCAAGCUGCUAUGAGCUUGCAGUACCGCCAAACGGCGCUGGCAGGCCAUAUCCGCCAUAUCCUGCGCCAUGCGCACCACAAGCCAUCGCGGCGGGUGCGCCGAUUGAUGUACAUCGCACACCACCUCAACCGCCAACUCCAGACGUUCGAGCAACGCUUCUUGGACCGGGCAGGUUUGCGCGAUCGGCCAUGGUAUCGCCACUUGGGCGUAGCGCCUGGCCGUUGGCUGGGCUACGGCUCAACGACCUUCCCUGGCGUCACCGAGAGCUUCACCCUGGACCGUGGACAUAACAGCGAGCAUGAACUGGCGCGGUUGACGCAUGCCUUGCACGCUGUCGCCCAGUCGUUGCGGUGGUAG